UCUCCGCCGCCCCACAGCCCCGCGGCGCGAGCGGGAGGCGGCCGCGCCGUUCGCAGAGGGCUCGUGGAGAGCUGCGCACGACCGGCGGGGCAGCGAGACGCGGCGGCAGCGCGGGGUCCCGGGCUGGGAGCGUGACGGAGGUGUGACCUGAGGUCUUCUGAAAGAGAGCAGCCCUAAAGCACUGACUGUGGAGAGCUGCACUUUUCUUGGCUGAAAAGCUGUCGUGACUUUCCGAGGCAUAUGCUGCUGCAGGGUGCAGCUAAUGAUGCUUUGCAAAAAGGAGUGAUUGAAAACUUGCUCCUUGAAGUGGAUAUUGUGUAUAUUGAAGAAGUUCUGCCACACAGUCACAAUGGCCUCAUCAAGGCUGGUAGCAAGAACAUCUCGGGAUAUUGCUGGUGUCAUGCAGAGACUCCAAGAUGAACAGGAGUCAGUGCAAAAGAGGACUUUCACCAAGUGGAUCAACACUCAUCUGGCCAAGCGCAAGCCUCCCAUGGUAGUCAAUGAUCUGUUUCAUGACAUCAAAGAUGGCAUAGUAUUGAUUGCCCUUUUGGAAGUUCUUUCAGGACAAAAGCUGCCUUGUGAACAAGGACGAAAACUGAAGAGGAUUCAUGGAGUAGCCAACAUUGGCACAGCCCUUAAGUUCCUAGAAGGGAGGCGGAUUAAGCUUGUCAACAUUAAUUCUACUGAUAUUGCUGAUGGUAGACCUUCUAUUGUGCUUGGCUUGGUGUGGACCAUAAUUCUAUAUUUUCAGAUUGAGGAACUUACGAGCAAUCUCCCGCAGCUGCAGUCGCUCUCCAGCAGUACCUCAUCUGUUGACAGUAUUGUCAGUUCCGAGACAGCCAGUCCACCAUCAAAACGGAAAGUGGUAAACAAAGUCCAAGGGAAUGCAAGGAAGGCUUUGCUAAAAUGGGUGCAGUACACAGCAGCCAAGCAAGCUGGAAUUGAAGUCAAGGAUUUUGGACGAAGCUGGAGGAGUGGUGUCGCCUUUCAUACAGUUAUUCAUGCCAUCCGCCCGGAGCUAGUGGACUUAGAGAGGGUGAAAACAAGAUCAAACCGGGAAAACCUGGAGGAGGCCUUUACAAUUGCUGAGUCAGAACUGGGAAUACCCAGACUCCUUGAUCCAGAAGAUGUGGAUGUGGAUAAGCCAGAUGAAAAAUCAAUUAUGACCUACAUAGCACAAUUCCUGAAACACUACCCAGAUCCUCAUAAUGCAGCAAGUGAUGCACAGGAGACAGAUAAAGAAGACAGGCUAAUGUUAAGAGACCUGAAAAUUUGGGUAGAACAAUUUGAAAGAGACCUGACAAGAGCACAAAUGAUGGAAAUAAGCUUGCAAGAGAAAUACCAGUCAUUUAAACAUUUCAGAUUACAAUAUGAUAUAAAGAGGAAACAGAUUGAACUUGCAAUACAGUCUUUAAGGAAGGAUGGCAAAUUAUCACUUGAUCAAGCUCUGGUGAAGCAGGCGUGGGACCGAGUCACUUCCCGGUUAUUUGAAUGGCAUCUGCAUCUUGACAAAUCGCUGCCUGCUCCUCUGGGCAAUAUUGGUGCCUGGCUUAAUAGGGCAGAAACUUCUCUUAGAGAAGAAAUCCUAAUUCAACAAGCCCAUGAGGAAACUGCAAAUAUGAUACACAGAAAGUUUGAAGAACAUAAGGAAGUGCUUAAGAAUGUAGAUGAUUACAAAAAGACAUUCCUGGAGAUCCACAGAGCUCGGUCUGUCAAUGGAGUCCCUGUUCCACCAGAGCAGCUAGAUGAUAUGGCAGAGAGGUUUAAUUUUGUUGCCUCCACAUCUGAGCUCCAUCUGCUGAAAAUGGAGUUCUUGGAACUAAAGUACCGUUUGCUAUCGCUCUUGGUCCUUGCAGAAUCAAAAUUAAAAUCAUGGAUUAUCAAAUAUGGACGGAGAGAGUCUGUUGAACUACUUCUCCAAAACUAUAUGUCUGUUAUAGAAAACAACAAAUUUUUUGAUCAGUAUGAAGUUACGUACCAAAUCUUGAAAAAAGCAGCUGAGAUGUAUGCCCAAGCUAAUGGCUCACUGGAGGAAAUAGAGAGUGUCACAAGAUUCAUGAAUGAGACAACAACACAGUGGAGGCACUUGUCGGUAGAGGUGAGGAGCGUGAGGAGCAUGUUAGAAGAAGUCAUUUCUAACUGGGACCGGUACAGCAGCACCGUCGCUAGUCUGCAGGCCUGGCUGGAGGAUGCAGAAAAGAUGCUGAAUCAGCCUGAACAUGCCAAAAAGGAUUUUUUCCGCCAUUUGCCACAGUGGAUACAGCAGCAUACUGCUAUGAAUGACGCAGGCAAUUUUUUGAUUGAAACGUGUGAUGAGACUAUUUCCAGAGAUUUAAAGCAACAGCUGCUGCUGCUCAAUGGACGGUGGAGAGAAUUAUUUAUGCAAGUUAAACAGUAUGCUCGGGCUGACGAAUUAGACAGAAUGAGGAAGGAAUAUUCAGAUGGUAUUGCUGCCUUGUCUGCUUUCACUGACGAAGCAAAGAGGAAAAUCCAUGUGCCUUUAGAAGUGUCCUUUCUAAAUGUAAAGAUGUUUGUCCAAGAACUGGAGGAUAUUAAACAAAAAGUUCCUGUGAUGGAAUCCCAGUACAAGAUGGUUACAAGAACAGGACAACUUAUUACAAAAGAAAUUCCACUAGAAGAGGUCAAUGACAUGCUUGCAACAAUGUCAGGAAUCAAAGGAUGGCUUAGCAAGGUUAAUGAAUCUUGCCCAGUUGUGCUCUGUGAGGCUCAACAGCUACUUCCUCGCCUUGAAGAAUUAGAGAAGCAAAUUACAAAUUUUUAUGAAUCUCUUGAUAAAGUCAAUGAAAUUCUUUCUGUCCUAGACCCUGAAGUUCAACCUGCUGAUAUUUUUAAACAGCAACAUCAGGAUCUAGUAGCUUAUCAAGAACACUGCAAGAAAGCUUUAUCACUUAUUGAAAGAAGUAACCAGAGCAUUACAAAGUUUGUGGCUUCAAGUAAGGCAUUACACCAUUUUAGCGUUGCAGUACUUAAGAAGAAAGUCAUGGAGAUUCAAGCUGCUUUUCAGGAUAUGGUCAAGAAGACAGAUGACUGGAAGAAAAAUGUUGAGGCAAAUAGUCGUUUGAUGAAGCAAUUUGAAGACUCUAGAACAGAAUUAGAAAACGUCCUUCAAGUUGCUCAUAGCUGUCUAAAGGAAAGAGGCAAUCCUGAAGAACUUCUCCGGAAACAUACUGAAUUUUUCAGUCAGUUGGACCAGAGGGUGCUUAAUGCUUUCCUGAAAGCUUGUGAUGAACUAACUGACAUCCUUCCUGAGCAAGAACAACAUACCCUUCAGGAAGCUGUUAGGAAACUGCAUAAGCAAUGGAAGGAUCUCCAGUCAGAGGCCCCCUACCAUUUGAUUCACUUGAAGAUAGAGGUGGAAAAGAGCAAAUUCCUAGCAUCCAUGCAAGAAUGUCGUGCAGAAUUAGCUCGGCAGGAAGCACUGGUGUCCAAGGAGAGCAGUGAAAAAAUAAUUCGGGAACACAAGUUAUUCUUUGGAGAUAAAGGGCCAUUACAACUGUGUGAGAAAAGAUUAAAUCUGAUUCAAGAAUUAUGCUCAAAGCUACCCCAAUGGGAUUCAUUAAGGACAACUUAUGAAACCACCCAGAAAGAUCUCAGUGAACUUAAAUCCCAAGUGGCCUGCACUUACAUGGAGCUAAUGGACCACCCAGAUAAAUGGAAGGACUACAAGAACAGGUUUUCUGAAUUAGAAAGCUGGAUUUCAUCAAGGGAGCCACAGCUUAAGAAGAUUAAACAUGGUGCUACUGAUACUGCUAAAUAUAAACACUUCAAAACAUCAAUAGAGGAAAUCAGACAAGAAGCUUGCAAGCAAGGAGAAGUUGUCAUCUGGCUGAAAUCAAGGUUGGCUGCUCUGUCUGAAGUUUCUUCAGGGGAUGAAGCCAAAAAGCAAGGAGAUGAGCUUUCUAAGCUUUCUAGUGACUUCAAGAGGCUCUUAUCCUUGUUGACAGAGAUUGAGAAGACAUUGGGUGCAGUUGGCGAUUGUGUCCAAUUCACUGAAGAAGUGAAAGGCAAUUUGGAAGAUCUGAUUACAAAUUCAAAAGAAGCUCAGGCAGAAGUUGAGAAAAUCUUCCACGUUGAAAGCUUAUUACAGGCCCAGCAACUCCUUCGAUACCAUCAGCAAAAGGCAAAGAGGCUCCAUGCUAAGAGGCAAGAUGUACAGCGACAGAUUGCCCAAGGUAAACAGCUACAGAUUGAAGGCGGUCUGACUGCCAGUGUUCAGGAAGACUUACUGAAGUUGGAGAGUACUCUGGAAAACAUGCAGCAGUCUAUGGAUGAACGUGGAGAUCAGUUGCAGAUCACAGUAAAUGCAUGGGAACAGUUUGAAAGAGACAAAGAAACCAUUGUAAAAUAUCUUACUCAAGCAAGCUGUGCUCUUGAACGUAUCUUAAGCUUUAGCAGCUUAGAAAGCUUGUCAUCAGAACUAGAAAAGACAAAAGAGCUUUCCAAGCAGACAGUAGCCAUGGCUGAGGAAGCUGAGAAUCUCGUCAUGAAGACUUUUGCAAUACAGCUUGGGGAUAAGAGCAAGCAAGCCCUUCAGCAGCAAGCCAAGUCAAUCCAGGAACAAAUUGAAAAAGUGGAAGCUACCCUUGAAGAAGAUAUUAAAACCAUGGAAAUGGUGAAAAACAAGUGGGAUCAGUUUGGCAAAAAUUUUGAAGCAUUGUCCAUCUGGAUCACUGAAAAAGAAAAAGAGCUGGAUGCGUUGGAUACAUCAUCAUCACCCUUGGAUGUGCAAAUCAACCGAAUUAAGGUCAUUGUUAAAGAAAUAGCUGAGAAGGAAAAUGAAAUCCCGAGCCUAGAAGAGGAUGCUCAGUCGUUUUCUCAAUAUCUCACUUCUGGAGAAUCAGCUCAUAUUAAAGCCAAGUUGACACAGAUCAGAAGAUACAGGGAAGAACUCCAAGAUCAUGCACACCAUCUGGAAGGAGUGAUCACAGGAAAGAUUUCAGUCCAGCAAAAAUUUGAUGAAAACUUCACAAAGGUCCAGCAGGACCUGUGCAUGUAUGAAGCCAAGCUAGCAGAGUUGGAUUCUUCUUGUUCUUCAUCAGCAGAGAGUUACAAGACCCUCCAAGAUCUUAUGGAUCUCUCCCAGGGUUUGGAAAAAAUGAACUUGACAUUGGCAUCUCUGCUAUCUGGUUCUCGCAAGAUCAUGAAGAAAGAGAAAGCAGUCCAGGAUGUCUCAGUGCUUCAGCAAAGAUAUGAAAAUGUUAUGACACAAGCUAAAGAUAAACAAGCCUCACUAGAGAUUCAAAUAGCCCAGUGGCAGAGAAUGGAGAAGGAGCUCUCUACCUUCUUGACCUGGCUGGAGAGGUGUGAGUCUGCAGUUAGACCUUCAGAGCAGCAUGUUUCUGCUGACCGAGUCAAACUGGAAAAUGAAUUACAAGUAAUCCAAGAUUUGCAAGCGGAUGUGGCAUCCCACAGUUCUCUAUAUGCCAGUCUGUUGCAGUUAAAUGAUUCCCUGUGCAAAGCAAGUUCCAACGAAAGUGUGAAGGCAUUUAAAAAAGACUUGGAAGAGCUUGACAGAAGAUGGAAAAAUCUACCACACACAGUGAGCAAAAGGAUAAAUUUCCUCCAGUCUGUGCUUGCUGAACAUAAGCAAUAUGAUGAGCUGCUCCUCAACUUUUCUGACUGGAUUAAGCAGUUUCUUGGUAUCCUGCAAGCAACAUCUGAGAUAAAUACAGCUGAUCUGCAGCUUGCUGUGUGCCACAACAAGGACCACAAAACAGAAGUAGAAAGAAAGUACAAGGAACUGCAGGAUCUGAAGAGUCAUGUUGAAAAGCUGUGCUCUUUCAGUCGGCCAGAAGAUCUCAGUGUGUUCCAAAAUAAGGCUGAAGACUGUCUCCAGCUUUACCAGGAUGCCAGCCAAGUAAUCAGCCGUCGGCAAGAUGUUCUACCUCAUGUGAAGGCCUUUCUAGAUCUUCACACUGCUGCGUCACGUGCACUUCACCACUCGAGGCAGAUGGUGGAAACCACUGGAAAAAUAGACAAGACUAAGUCUGAAGUGCUGGAAAAGGAGCUGAGUGAAGUUAUUCAAGAUGUCAACAAACUGGAAUCCACAGCAGCUAGUCUGGAUGCAUCCCUAACUAAAGCCCAGUAUCAUCUGAAACAUGGAAACCCUGAGCAAAGGACCUCCUGCAGGAAUAUUGCUGACAGCGUCUGCAUGGAAUUGGAAUCCACCCAGUCCUUGCUGGGAACUAAGCAAAGUGAAGCAGAAGCUCUUGGUGCUCUGUUUACCUCUGUCAUGGAGCGCAAAGAACAACUCUUAAAAAACAUUGAAGACCUUGAAGAAAGGGCUGACAAAGAAGGGCUGAAAGAACCAAGUCUUCAGGAAGUUCAGCAAAGAUUAAGGAUUUUCAAUCAGUUGGAUGAUGAGCUGAAUUCUCACCAGCAUGAAAUGAAAUGGCUGAUGAGCAAAGCAAAGCAAAUUGCUCAGAAAGAUAUAAGCCUUGCUCCAGCAGUUGACAAAGAGAUUAAUUGUUUGGAAACCACCUGGGAGGAUACCAAGAAACUAAUCCAGGAAAGGCAGGAGCAGUGCUGUGUCCUUGUUGAUCUGCUUCGGGAAUAUCAGAGCCUGAAAUCCACAGUAACUAAAGCCACAGAGGUUGCUAGCAGUGUAACUAUGGCCAAGGCCAUGUUAAAAGAUCGAGAAGAUGUGAGAUGGGCCUUGUCAAAGCAUGAAGCCGCCAGGAAUGAGCUGAAUGACAGACAGAAAGACCUGGAUGCCUUCACCAACAAAGGAAAACACUUACUAGCAGAGCUGAAAAAGAUUCAGAACUGUGAUCCCCUGCCAGUGAAAACUGAUAUGGACAGUACUGUAGACAAAUGGCUGGAUGUGUCAGAGAAACUUGAAGACAGCAUAGACAGGCUGAGUGUUUGCAUGUGCUUGUGGGAAGAUGUGCUGGCAGUCAGUGACGACAUUGAUGGGUGGUGCAGCAACUCCAGCUCACAGUUGAAUGACAUCAUAAGCAACUUGGCCAGCUGCCAGGGAAUUGAGUCCUUCCUGGAAGAGUUUCAGGUUCAGAUUAAGCACAAAGAGCAAAAUUUGGAGCAAAUCAGUUCAAAAAUAGCUGAACUUAAAGAAUUGCUAAAUACAGAAGAACUUCCCCCAGAUCUUCAGUUUUUAGAAGCUGAUUUAAGGAAAAACCUCACACAUGCCAAAGAUAUGUGUACAACAGCAAAAGAAACACUGCAAGAUUUCAGUUCUCAGAAGAUGCAGUUACAUAACUUUGUCAAUCAAAUGGAAGACUGGCUUACCAAAAUGGAAGAAUCUCUUCUAAGCUGCUCUCAUAGCCAAGAACCAGCAGUUCUAAGUAGAGUCAAGAAAAUACAAAAGGAGCUGCAGCAACAGCAGAGCCACUUUGAUUCCACGCAGGAAACCCUGAACUGCCUCUGUCGCAAAUAUCCCUCCAUGGAGCUGGAGGCACUUGGGGGCACUGUCACCUCGCUGAUAAAGAAAUACGAGACCGUGAACCAGUUAAACUUGAAAACCCAGGCUGCCCUGCAGGAAUCCCUGGAAAAACACUUCCUAGAGUCUUUAUACGGGUUUCAAAACUGGUAUUCUCAUCUGAAGACUGCUGUAAAAGACUUAAGCAUUACAUCUGGGGACAGUAAAGCCAUUGAAGUAAAACUCCAUGAACUGCAGAAAGCAUUGGACUCCGUUAGUGAAGGAAGGAGCAAACUGGAUGCAGCCUCCCAGGAAGGGGAACAUUUAUGUGCUUACCUGCCAAAACCAUCAGUGAGCAGCAUCCAGGAGCAGAUAGCCAAAGCUCAUCAGGACUUCGAGGGGUUCCUGAAACAGUGCUUGAAAGAUAAACAAACUCUUGAAGAAUGUGUUGCAGAACUGAAAAGCUUUGAGGAUUUGUGCAAGAACCAGAGUCUGUGGCUCCAUGAAAUGGAAGAAAGGAUGAGCACAGAAGCUCUGGGUGAGAGCAAACAGCAUAUCCCUGAUAAGGAAAAAGAGAUGCAGAAAGUAGAAGCAUUUCUGGAAGAGCUUCUGGUGGCAAGAGACUCCUUUGAUAAACUUACCCAGAAGGCUCACAUUUUAAAUGAGAAAGGCUAUAGUGCUGGAAGGGAGAUCCGUCUGGCAUCUCAGCACUUUUCUGCUUAUCAGAAUCUAAUCAAAGCAGUAAAGGAGAACCUCCGGGCCUCUCAGGUUGCCCUCCAGGAGCACCAAGCUUUCGAAGAAGCCCUGCAGAGCAUGUGGGCAUGGCUGAGAGAUGUGCAAGGAAAGCUGGUGUCUGCAGAGGGCACCGUUGGAAGCAAAGUCCUCUUAGAGAAACGGCUCUUGCAAAUACAGGAUAUCCUUUUAAUGAAAGGUGAGGGAGAGGUGAAGUUAAACAUGGCCAUUGGCAAAGGUGAACAAGCCUUUAAAAGUAGCAAUGAAGAAGGGCAGAAGAUGAUACAGAACCAGCUGCAAACAUUAAAAGAUCUUUGGAGCAGUGUUAUCAGCACCUCAGUGAGCUGUCAAAGCUUGCUGGAAUCUGUGAUUAAUAAAUGGAAUGACUAUCUGGAGAGGAAAAGUCAGUUGGACCAAUGGUUGGAGUCAGUAGACCAGAAAAUGGAACAGCCUUCGGAGCUGCAGAAUGGCUUGAAAGAUAAAUUUUCCCAGCUAGACUACUUUCAAGCAAUUGUUUCAGAAGUGGAAAAUCAUUCCAGUGACCUUCACCAACUCUUGGGAAAAGCUAAAGAACUACAUGUGAAAACAGAAGAUGACUCUUUCAGUGAAGUUGCUCAAGAGGAGUUGAAGACACAGUUCAAUGACAUUGCAACAGUCGUCAAGGAAAAAAUGAGAAGAGUAGAAGAUAUUGUUAAGGACCAUUUACUGUACCUUGAUGCAGUACAUGAGUUUACGGACUGGCUUCAUUCAGCAAAAGAAGAGCUGCAUCGCUGGUCAGACACCUCAGGGGAUUCAACAGCCAUACAGAAAAAGCUGGUCCGAAUAAAUGGGCUGAUAGAUUCCAGACAGACGGGUGAGAGCCGCCUAAACAGAGUUCAAAUGCUGACUCCCGCUGUGAAAAAGAGCACAACCGUUCAGGGGUGCAAGCACAUAGACGCUGAAAUGCAGGCACUUCAGGCCGACUGGAAGCAGUGGGAAGAGAGCACACUCCAGACCCAAAAUGCCUUGCAGGAGCUGGAGAGUCAGAUGGCUUUGUCGGAGCAGGAGUUUGCCACACAGGCUGCUGGUCUGGAAGAGGCCCUGCAGCACUUCAGCACACUUCUCGCAACCUGGUCCGAGCGACUGACCCGUCUGGAUAGCAAGCACACAGACAAAGAGAUAGUGGAAUACUGGCAGCGGGAAAAGGAAACCCUGGAUGCCCUGACAAAGGCAGAGCACAGGACUGAUGAUAUUAAGAGUCAAUUAAAUGAUCUUUGUCGAUUUUCCAAAGAUUUGAGUACCUACUCUGCAAAAGUAUCCCAAUUAAUUAAGGAAUAUAACAGUCUUUGUCUGCAAGCUUCCAAAGGUUGCCAGAGUAAAGAGCAGGCCUUGCAGCAGAGAUUCAGGACAGCCUUCAGAGAUUUCCAGCAGUGGCUGGUCAGUUCAAAAAUCACAACUGCCAAAUGUUUUGAUGUGCCUCAAACUGUCAGCGAAGCUGCAGCCAACAUACAGAAAAUACAGGAAUUCUUAUCUGAAACUGAAAGUGGCCAACAGAAAUUAAAUUUAGUGGUGUCCAAAGGAGAACUACUGUGUUCUAUUUUGCCUAAAGAAAAAGCUAGGUCUAUUGAAGCUAAAGUUACUUCAGCAAAAGAAGACUGGAAAAAAAUUAUCACCACUCUGCACCAGAAAGAAACAGCUUUGGAGAACUUAAAGAUCCAGAUGAAAGAUUUUGAAACGAGUGCAGAACCUCUUCAAGUCUGGCUUAAUGAAACUAAGGAGAUGGUGCAAGAAAGCAAUAAUCGUCUAUAUGAUCUCCCAGCGAAAAGGAGAGAACACCAGAAGCUGCAGUCUGUCCUUGAGGAAAUAAGGUGUCAUGAGCCUCAGCUCAACAGGCUAAAAGAAAAAGCUCAGCAGCUUUGGGAAGAACAAGCUGCCAGCAAAACCUUCAUGCACAGAGUCUCUCAGCUCUCUUCUCAGUAUCUUGCUCUGAGCAAUGUAACAAAGGAAAAGGUCUCCAGGAUGGACCGAAUUGUAGCAGAGCACCAGCAGUUCUCUCAUGGUCUGAAAGAGCUUCAGGACUGGAUGGCUGAUGCUAUUCAGAUGCUCCAGUCUUACUGCCAUCCCACAGCAGACAAAAAUGCUCUUGACAGCAGAAUGGCCAAGCUUGAGGGACUGCUUUCAGUAAAACAGGAGAAAGAAAUCCAGAUGAAAAUGGUGGUAACAAGAGGAGAAUCUGUUUUGCAAAAUACAUCACUUGAAGGAGUGCCUGUCAUUGAGCAACAACUAAGAGCACUCAAGGAGACGUGGGCGUCCCUUUUGUCUGCUUGUAUUCACUGUAAAAGCCAGUUGGAAGGAGCACUGUCCAAAUGGACAAGUUAUCAGGAUGAUGUUCGACUGUUUACUAGCUGGAUGGACAAAGUGGAAGCAAUGAUGAAUGCUUCGGAAAAGCAGUGUGCUGAACUGCGGGAAAAAAAUUCUGCACUUAGCAAAGCUAAGUUACUUAAGGAAGAAGUGUUUAGUCACAGUACACUGCUGGAGGCAAUUGAAGUGAAAGGAAAGAGCAUGACUGAACAUUAUGUAACUCAGCUUGAACUUCAGGACCUCCGUGAGAGAUACCAGUUUCUCAAAGACAGGAUCAUGGAAACAAUAAAUAAAGCUGAGGAACUGCUUCAUUUGCAUCAUGAGUACCAAAGAAAUCUGAAAGCCUUUGAAGUCUGGCUAGAAAAAGAGCAGGAGAAACUCAACUGUUUGUCACAUCUUGAAGGUGAUACAGAGAGACAUGAAGCAACACUUCGAGAACUCCAAGAAUUACAGGUGUGUUGUGCUGAGGGACAGGCAUUGCUUAAUGCAGCGCUCCAUGCGAGGGAAGAAGUAGUUCCAUGGGGUGUGCCCCAGCUGGACGACAGAGUACUAGAAUCUAUGCAGCAAGACUGGACAGUCUAUCAACACAAACUUUCUGAGGUCAGAACGCAAUUAAACACUACCCUAAGCAGAUUGAGGCUGAUGGAGAGCAAAUUUGUGAAGAUGGACGAGUGGCUCAAAACACUGGAGGAGAAAGUUAAUAUCCGAACUGGCAGGCAGUCUGAGAGAGCCACAAAGGAGAUGCAGCUACAACAAAUGAAGAAAUGGCACGAGGAAUUAACAGUCUAUAAAGAUGAGGUUGAAGAAGUUGGACUAUUGGCCCAGCAAAUCCUGGAGGAGAGUCAGACUUCUAGCAGGAUGGGAAGGCAAGCUACCCACCUUGCUUCUCGAUACCAGGCUUUGAUUCUACAUGCACUGGAGGAGAUAAAAAUGCUUGAAGAAGAAAUUCGAAGUAUGGAGGAAUCUGAACUGGCUUUCAGUGCUUACAAAGAGUGGUUUGGAGCUACUCUCAGGAAAUUCAAAAAUAUGGUGACAAAGUCUGAUGUAGUAGAUAAAGCCACCAUGGAGAAAAAAAUGCAGAAACUUGAGAAUCUCAUGAGUGACAUGGAUGCUGGGCACAAUUUGCUGAAAUCUGCCCGUGAAAAAGGAGAGAGAGCCAUCAAGUACAUGAAGGGAAAAGAAGCUGAACAGUUAAAAAAGGAGAUUAGUGAUUGUGUGGAGCAACUUGAUGACAUGACCUGCUCUAUCAGGAAAGAACACACAACCUUAGAGAAGUGUCUGCACUUAACAAAGGAAUUCUUAGAUAAGUACAAAGUGCAGACUCAGUGGCUAUCAGAGUACCAAACUAUAUUACAUGACACAGUAGAUCCCAAAAUGGAGCUAUAUGAGAAAAAGGCACAGUUAUCAAAAUACAAGUCAAUCCAGCAGACUGUGCUGUCACAUGAACCUUCAAUAAAAUCUGUGACGGAAAAAGGAGAAUGCCUCCUUGAACUGGUACAUGAUGCUAAUUUUGCAGAGAACAUCCAAAAACUUCAAACUGAAUACCAGGAACUUUGCAACACAGCAAAGGGCCAUGUUGCAGUCUUGGAAGUAAAAGUAAAAGAGCAUGAGGAAUAUCACAGUGACUUGCAAGAUGUGGAAAAGUGGUUGCUGCAGAUGUCGAGCAGGCUGGUUACUCCUGACCUUAUGGAGAAUAGUAGUCUUGAAGUUGUAACACAGCAUUUAGCCAAUCACAAGGCAAUGAUGGAAGAAAUUGCUGGAUUUGAAGAUCGCCUGAACAGCCUUAAAAGGAAGGGAGAUUACUUGAUCAAUGAGUGUGCGGAACACCUUCAAGCAAAAUUUAAGCAAAAUAUCGAAACCCACUUGCAGGGAACAAGGGAUAGCUAUUCAGCAAUAUGCAGCACAGCUCAAAGAGUAUACCAGAGUUUGGAGCAUGAACUCCAGAAGCACGUUAACCAUCAAGAUACCCUCCAGCAAUGCAAGGUUUGGCUCUCUGCAGUUCAGCCAGAGUUAAAGCCAAGUCCUCGCCCACCUUUCAGCAUGGCAGAGGCUGUUAAGCAGGUUAAGCAUUUCAGAGCCCUGCAAGAGCAAGCAAGCACUUAUUUGGAUCUGUUAUGUUCUAUGUGUGAUUUAUCAGACAGCUCUGUGAAAAACAUAGCAACAGACAUUCAACUAACCAAGCAAACGAUUGAGGAUCGGAUAAUGAACUCUCAGUACCUUGCUCAGGGCUGGGAAGAAAUAAAGCAAAUGAAAGCAGAGCUUUCAAUAUAUUUCCAAGAUGCAGAUCAGCAACUGCAAAAUAUGAAGAGACGAGGGGCAGAGUUGGAACUUAACAUUGCACAGAAUAUGGUUUUGCAGGUGAAGGAAUUCAGUCAGAAGCUGCAGUUGAAGCAGGCAGCUUUGACCGCUGUGACUGAAAAGGUGAGCAAAUUAACCCAAGGACAAGAGGCACCUGAGCACAAGGAAAUAGGACACUUGAGCAACCAUUGGUUGGACCUUUGCCUUCAAACCAGCAAUGUACUCCUACACAGGGAGGAUGAUCUCCAGAGGACAAAAGAUUACCACGACUGUAUAAAUGUAGUCGAAGUCUUUCUGGAAAAGUUUACACAGGAAUGGGACCACUUGGCAAGAUCAGAUGCUGAAAGUACAGCUACACACCUUGAGGCAUUAAAAAAGCUGGCACUGGCUCUGCAGGAGAGACGGUUUGCUCUGGAAGAUUUAAAAGAUCAGAAGCAGAAGAUGACAGAACAUUUAAAUUUGGAUGACAGAGAACUGGUAAAAGAGCAGACAGGGCACUUUGAGCAGCGGUGGAUUCAGCUGGAGGACCUUAUCAAGAGGAAAAUACAACUGUGUGUCACCACAUUAGAAGAGCUGAGUAUGGUGCAGGCUAAACUUCAGGAAUUAAUGGACUGGGCUGAAGAGCAGCAGCCAAGCAUCUCUGAAGCUCUCAAACACAGUCCACCUCCUGAACUAGCUCAAAACAUCCUCAUGGAUCAUCUCACCAUUUGCAGUGAAGUGGAAGCCAAGCAACUUGUUUUGAAAGGGCUUAUAAAGGAUGCAGAUAGGGUGAUGACUAAUCUUGGGCUUAAUGAAAGACAGAUGCUCCAGAAAUGCCUAUCAGAUGCCCAAAAUCAUGUGGAUUGCCUUACUGAUCUGGUUGGGCAGAGGAGAAAGCACUUAAACAAGGCAUUAUCUGAAAGGACUCAGUUCCUCCUGGCAGCCUUUCAGGCAAUGAAUCAGAUUCAACAGCAUGAGAAAAAGGUAAUGUUCCAUGAACAUAUUUGCUUGCUACCAGAAGAUGUAAGCAAACAGAUCAGGACUUGUAAGAGCACACAGGCCAGCCUCAAGGCCUACCAGAGCGAAAUCUCAGGACUGUGGUCUCAAGGGAGGGAUCUAAUGAAGGAAACAACAGAACAAGAAAAGAGUGAGAUAUUAAAUAAACUGCAAGAGCUACAGAACACGUAUGAUGCUAUUUUACAAAAAUGCAACCAGCGCUUAAUAGAACUUGAGAAACACAUGGUUUCCAGGAAAUAUUUCAAGGAAGAUUUGGAUAAAGCUUCCCACUGGCUAAAACAAUCUGAUAUAAUUUCCUUUCCAGAGAUAAAUUUAAUGAAUAGCAAUUCUGAACUUUACUCCCAGCUAGCAAAGUAUCAACAGAUUCUUGAACAGUUUCCUGAAUAUGAAAACCUUCUCUUGAUGCUGCAAAGAGCUGGCCAGGAGAUCUUACCAUCACUCAAUGAAAUGGAUCGUUCCUAUCUUGAGGAAAAACUUAGUGCCUUGCCUCACCAGUGUAAUGUGAUCGUUGCUCUGGCUAAAGAUAAAUUCUGUAAAGUCCAAGAAGCAAUUUUGGCCCGUAAAGAAUAUGCAUCCUUAAUUGAAUUGACAACAAAGGCACUAUCUGAGUUGGAAGAUCAGGUUGUAAACAUGCAGAAGUCCCCUUCCGCCCUGUUAGCCAAAGAAGUUGUGUCACUGCAACAGGAUUACAGAAAUGUCCUGACUGAAGUCAUAAACCUUGGCGCUGCAGUCGAUGAAUUAAACCAGAAGAAGGAAGCCUUUAGAAGCACCGGACAGCCGUGGCUACCAGAAGACAUGUUGCUGCUCACAACCUUGUAUCACAAACUAAAAAGGCAACUGGAGCAGAAAGUGAAUCAGUUAGAAGACAUGAUGGAGGCAUAUCAGGAGCAUGAAAAAAUGUGUCAGCAACUUGAGGCACAACUGAAUUCUGUAAAAGGAGAACAUGCGGAAGUAAAUGAGGAAACCCUUCCAGCGGAAGAAAAAUUGAAAACGUACCAUUCAUUGGCCGGAAGUCUGCAAGAUGCUGGGAUCCUUUUGAAACGCAUUGCUGAACAACUUGAGAUGCUUUCUUCCCAGCUUGACCCAUCUGUGUAUGAGGGGGCAAACCAUCAGGUGCGAACAUGGCAGGAGAUGCUGAACGCACUGCAUACGGCUGUUGGUGAUACUGUGAUUGAGUGUGAAAACAGGCUGGUGCAAAGCAUAGAUUUCCAGACUGAAAUAUGCCGCUCACUUGACUGGCUGAGGCAUAUUAAGGCAGAACUGAAUGAACCACUGAGAACUGAUUUAAAGCUGAAUAGUAUUCAAGAAGAGAUCCGUAAAGUUCAGAUCCAGCAGGAAGAAGUACAGUCUAGCCUGAGGAUAAUGAGAGCAUUAAGCAAUAAAGAAAAGGAAAAGUACAUGAAGGCUAAGGAGCUGAUACCAGCUGACCUAGAAAACAGCCUUGCUGAACUCUCUGAACUUGAUGGCGAAGUCCAAGAAGCAAUACACCAAAGACAGGAAAAAUUGACUAAAUUGUAUAGUCUGGGACAAAGGUAUUACCAGGUUGCUCAGGCUGCUAGCGACUGGCUUGAAGAUGCCCAGGAAUUGCUGCAGCUAACACAAAAUGGCCUCGAUAUGGAGAACUCUGAGGAAAACCUGAAGAACCAUAUUGAAUUUUUUAGCACUGAAAAGCAAUUCCAAGACCACUUGGAAGAACUACAGACACUUGUGUCUGAGAUGGAACCAUUUAUUCAAGCCACAGAAAAAGAUGAACUGGCACAGAAUAUAGAGGCUUUAGAAGAAAAGGGUAUGGAAUCACAAGAAAAAGCAGAAUCCCAGAAAGAGUUAUUACAAAGCUGCGCUUUCCAGUGGCAAGAAUAUCAGAUCUCAAGGCAGCAUGUCAUUGACUUGAUGAAUGAGAAUGAGAAGAGAUUAUCUGAAUUUUCUCUAGCUAAGGCCACUUCUAAUCUUGAAGCAGAAGAAAAACUAACAUCACAUAAGUCCCUGGUGUCUAUAGUAAACUCAUUCCAUGAGAAGAUAACUUCACUGGAGGACAAGGCCUGCCAGCUAGAGAAAAUGGGCAAUGAUUCCAGCAAGGCAACCAUAAACAGAUCCAUGACAACGGUUUGGCAGCGCUGGACAAGGCUCCGCAGUGUUGCCCAAGUACAAGAAAGGAUUUUGGAAGAAUCAUUGCAGAAAUGGAAUGUAUUUAAUGAUAAGAUGCAAAAAGCAACCGACACUCUAGAUCAGCUGCAAGAUCGUCUUCCAGAUAGUUCAGUAGAAAAGGCCUCAAAGAAUGAACUUCUGGAUCUUCUGGAUUAUCAUAGUAAUUUCCUUCUGGAACUAGAACAGCAACUGUCAUCUUUGGGUCUACUCAAGCAACAUGCUUUUAGCAUGCUCCGGGAUGUAGAGGUAGCAUCUGGUUCCCAAGAUCAAAUGCCCAUCAUGCAAGAAAUCAAAGCAAUGCAGGACAGAUGUCACAAUAUGCAGCAAAAGGUAAAAAGGAGUGGGAAAGUGGUUAAACAAGAACUGAAGGAACGUGAAGAAGUGGAAAGAGAGAUUAAUAAAGUUAAAUCUUGGAUUCAGGAAGCCAAAGAAUAUUUAUUAAAUCCUACAAUAGAAGUAGAUGCCGAGCUCGAGGAAUUACAGGUUCUCCUAAAUGAAGCCAUUAUUCACCGUCAGGCUGUUGAGAAAAUGGCAGAACAGCAACAAAAUAAAUACUUGGGACUUUAUACCAUUUUACCUUCUGAACUUUCUCUUCAAUUAGCUGAAGUGGGAUUGGCACUUGUAAAUAUACAUGAGCAGAUUCAAGCCAAAGAAAAAGAUGCUCAGCAGAGCAAGUUAUUAAAUCAAGAAUUUGGUCAGAACAUCCAAGAGAUAGCAAAAGAGCUGAAUUCCAUUUUAUUGAAGCUGAAAGUAAAAACAAAUAACAUAACACAAGCUAAAAUGGAUCAGAAGGUCCUGGGUGAGGAAUUGGACAGCUGCAACAUAAAGCUGGUGGAACUAGAUGCAGCUGUCCAGGACUUUGCAGAACAGAAUCCUCAGCUGGCUAAACAGCUCACUGGCCGGAUAGGCAAACUUACAGCACUCCACCAGCAAACGAUGAGGCAGGCUGAGUACAGGGCUUCCAAGCUGAAUCAGGCAGUUCCACAUUUAGAUGAAUAUAAUGAGAUGCUGGAAUUCAUACUGAAAUGGAUUGAAAAAGCUAACAUUUUAAUACAUGGUAACAUCACGUGGAAUUCUGCUGCUCAGCUUCGUGAUCAAUUCAUCUCUCAUCAGGCCAUGCUGGAAGAGUCUGCUGAGAUCCGUGGGGAUAUUGAAGCCAUGAAUGAAAAGAUAGAAUACUUGGCAAGUGUAUAUUUGACUGAAGGGAUGUCUCACCAAGUGUCAGAGCUUGGGCGUCAGACUGAAGAGUUACAGCAAGUGAUAAGACAGCGGCUACAGAAUGUUCAAGAUGCUGCCAAGGAUAUGAAGAAAUUGGAAAGUGAGGUAAAAGCUCUUCGAACAGCUUUAGAGCAAGCCCAAACCACUCUAAUGUCUUCGGAGAUUGGUCAUUUAAGUCUGAAAGAGCAACUUUCUCACAGACAGCAUCUGCUUUCUGAAAUGGAGUCACUGAAGCCAAAGGUCCAAGCAGUGCAGAUCUGCCAGAGUGCUUUACGAAUGCCCGAAGAAGUGGUCACCAGCCUACCAAUAUGUCACAUUGCCCUCAGGCUGCAGGAGGAAGCCAGUCAGCUGCAGCACACAGCUAUCCAGCAAUGCAACAUAAUGCAGGAAGCAGUAGUACAGUAUGAGCAAUAUGAACAAGAGAUGAAACAUUUACAUCAGCUGAUAGAGAAUGCACAUCAUGAGAUCCAGAACAAGUCAAUAGCAACAAGUAAUAUUCAAGAAUUGCAAGACCAGAUUUCACACCACGAGGAGCUGGCUCAGAAGAUCAAAGCCUAUCAGGAGCAAAUUGCAUCGUUGAACUCCAAGUGCAAGAUGCUUACAAUGAAAGCUAAGCAUGCCACCAUGCUGCUAACAGUGACAGAAGUGGAAGGACUCUCAGAAGGGAUGGAGGAAUUGGAUUCAGAAGAACUGCUGCCAACACACUCUGCUCACCCUUCUGUAGUUAUGAUGACUGCUGGUCGCUGUCACACCCUUCUGUCACCUGUUACUGAGGAGUCUGGGGAAGAGGGCACCAACAGUGAGAUUUCUUCUCCACCUGCCUGUCGCUCUCCUUCACCUGUGGCUAAUACAGAUGCUUCUGUUAACCAGACAGAAGCCUCCAAGGUUCAACCCAGCACCUCAUCCAGUCAGGAAUCCUGUGAACCAGUGUUAGAGUUGGCCCCCAGCACCAGACUGGAUGAUUUGCAGCAUUCUUGGGAAACACUAAAGAAUGUGAUUAGUGAAAAGCAGCGCACCCUGUAUGAGGCCCUUGAACGGCAGCAAAAAUACCAAGAUUCCCUCCAGUCAAUAUCCACAAAAAUGGAAGCUGCUGAGUUGAAGUUAAAUGAGACUCUGGAGGCCGGCAAGAGUCCGGAGAGCCAGAUGGCUGAACAUCAGGCACUGAUAGAUGAAAUUCUGAUGCUUCAGGAUGAAAUCUGCGAGCUGCAAACCUCAUUAGCAGAAGAGCUGGUAUCCGAACCACUGGACACAGACGCUGCUGAUCAGUUAGCUUUGCAGUCCACACUCACUGUGUUAGCCGAAAGGAUGGCCACAAUUAAAAUGAAAGCUUCAGGGAAACAGCAGCUGCUUGAGGAGAAGCUCAAUGAGCAACUAGAAGAACAGCGGCAAGAGCAAGCUCUACAGAGAUAUCGUUCUGAGGUAGAUGAACUUGACCAUUGGCUACUGAAUACAAAAGCCACUCUAGACACUGCGUUGGUUGCCACUGAGGAACCCAUGGAUAUGGAUUCACAGCUGAUUGACUGCCAGAAUAUGCUUGUGGAAAUUGAGCAGAAGGUAGUGGCAUUGUCUGAGUUGUCGGUACACAAUGAGAACCUCCUCAUGGAAGGAAAAGCUCACACCAGGGACGAGGCUGAGCAGCUAGCAGUAAAGCUCCGAACACUGAAGGGAAGCCUUUUGGAGCUGCAGAGAGUUCUCCACGAGAAGCAGAUCAACAUCCAACAGGGAGCUCUGCAGGAAAAGGAGGAGUAUGAAGCAGAUUUAGUCAGCUCUCAAAGUCCCAGUGUCCAAGAAUGGCUAGCCCAGGCAAGGUUAGCCCGUUCACAGCAACAGCAAAGCAGCCUACAGAGACAGAGAGAGCUAGAGAAGGAGCUAGCAGAGCAGAAGAGUCUACUUCGCUCAGUGGCAAGUCGUGGGGAGGAAAUUCUAACCCAGCAAUCUACUCCAGAUAAUCCUUGUCCAAGCAAGAAGGCAGAUGUCUUAACACAGGAGCUCAGCUUUGAGGGAGAGAAACCAUCAGUGGAAGAUCAAAUGAAAAUGAAGUGGGAAAGUCUUCAUCAGGAGUUCAGCAUUAAACACAGACUUUUGCAGAAUGCUCUGGAACAAGAACAGGAGCAGCCAGUCUACAGUAGACCAAACAGACUUGUUUCUGGCCUACCACUCCACAAGCAGGAGGGGCUGACUCAAGAAAAACCAUCAGUUACAUCUUUAUUGGUUGGCUUAAAUGACACUUUUGAAGAAAUGUUUUUCAAGGGUGGAGGUCCAGAGAAAGAAAACCUGCACUUUGAGCAGAAGUUGUACAGUGGCAUUUCAGCCACCUCAUCCUGGCUGGAUGGUGUAGAAGAACGCUUGUUGGUUGCCACAGCCUUAUUACCUGAAGUGACAGAAACCGGUCUCUAUAAUCAGGAAACUCUUGCUAAAGAUAUCAAGGAGAUGACAGAAAAAAUGGAUAAGAACAAGAAUUUGUUUUCUAAUAUGUUUCCUGAGAGUGCUGAAAAUAGAAAUGUUAUAGAAGACACCUUGGAUUGUUUGCUAAGGAGGCUAAUAUUACUGGAGACAUUGAUAAACCAAAGAUGUCAACAGAUGAAAGAGAGGCUUCAACUUAUAUUGAGUUUCCAGAAUGAUCUGAAGCUGAUGUUUACAUCUCUGGCUGAUAACAAGUACAUUGCCCUGCAGAAACUAGCUGAAGCAGUUGAACGUCCCGAAAAAGAGCAAAUGCAGGCUAUUCAGCAAGCUGAAGAUGCACUCAAAGAACUAGAUACAGGAAUCAGUGAAUUAAAGAAACGUGGGGAUAAAUUGCAGAUUGACCAACCUACCAUGCAAGAGUUGUCUAAGCUUCAGGAUAUGUAUGAUGAGUUGAUAAUGAUCAUAGGAUCACGGCGUAGCGGACUGAACCAAAAUCUGGCACUUAAGGGCCAGUAUGAGCAAGCACUGCAGGAUCUGGCUGACCUGAUCGAAACUGGUAAAGAAAAGAUGGUAGUUGAUAAGAAAAUGAGUGUUUCCUCCAAAGAGGAAGUCCAGACACUUCUUGACAAGCACAAGGAAUAUUUUCAGGGACUGGAAUCACACGUGAUCCUGACAGAAACCCUUUUCAGGAAGAUAAGCAGCUUUGCUCUUCUAAGGGAAACUCAGUUCCACACAGAACUGAUGACAGAAGCCUCUGCAGUGUUAAAGCAGGCUCACAAGCGUGGAGUGGAGCUGGAAUAUAUUCUUGAGACUUGGACGCAUUUGGAAGGUGAUUAUCAGGAAGUUGUGAGGCAGCUGGAAACAGUUGAAACUAGUAUCCCAAAUGUUGGUUUGGUAGAAGAGUCUGAGGAGAGGCUUGCAGAUCGAAUUGCCCUUUACCAGCAUCUGAAAUCCAGCCUUACUGAGUACCAGGCCAAACUUUACCAAGUGUUAGAUGACGGGAAAAGGCUACUGUUCUCUGUCAGCUGUUCUGAACUGGAAACUCAGCUAAACCUGCUAGGGGAGCAUUGGUUAAAUAAUACCAGCAAAGUUACCAAGGAACUUCAUAGACUGGAAACCAUACUUAAACACUGGACAAGAUAUCAGAGUGAGUCAACUGAGCUAAUUCAUUGGCUCCAGUCAGCAAUGGAUCGUCUGGAGUUUUGGACCCAGCAAUCAGUUACAGUCCCUCAAGAACUGGAAAUGGUCCGAGAUCAUUUGAAUGCAUUUUUGGAAUUUUCAAAAGAGGUUGAUGCCAAGUCAUCCCAGAAGUCUACUGUUCUGAGCACGGGAAACCAACUUCUCCGGCUGAAGAAGAUGGAUACCGCAUCUCUGCGGGCAGGGCUGUCGCAGAUUGACAACCAGUGGACAGAGCUGCUCACUCAAAUUCCUGUAGUGCAAGAAAAACUGCAUCAGCUUCAAAUGGACAAGCUUCCUUCUCGCCAUGCCAUCACAGAAGUCAUGAGCUGGAUUUCAUUGAUGGAAAAUAUCAUUUUAGAGGAUGAGGAGAAUAUAAAAAAUGUAGUGGGACACAAAAUCAUUCAGGAUUAUCUUCAGAAAUAUAAGGGUUUUAAGAUUGAUGUAAAUUGUAAACAGUUAACAGUGGACUUCGUUAACCAGUCGGUGCUCCAGAUUAGUAGUCAGGAUGUGGAAAGUAAACGCAGUGACAAGACUGACUUUGCAGAGCAACUUGGAGUGAUGAACAGACGCUGGCAGGUCCUGCAGGGACUGAUAACAGAAAAGAUCCAGUUGCUGGAAGGUUUCCUGGAAUCCUGGACAGAGUAUGAAAACAACAUUCAGUGCUUGCAAGCAUGGUUUGAAACUCAAGAGAAGAGACUGAAGGAACGACAGAAAAUUGGAGAUCAGGCAUCUGUUCAGAAUGCCUUGAAAGACUGUCAGGAACUAGAAGAGCAAAUAAAAGCAAAAGAAAAGGAAGUUGAAAAAGUGGAACAGAGUGGACUUUCUCUGAUACAAAAUAAAAAAGAAGAAGCCUGUGUUGUUGUCAUGAGCUCACUUCAAAAACUCAACCAUUCUUGGGCAAAUUUGGAUCACAUGGUUGGCCAGCUGAAAAUAUUGUUGCAGUCUGUUCUCGAUAUUUGGAGCAGUUACAAAGCAGCUUAUGAUGAACUGAAUAGCUACCUAAUGGAAGCCAGAUACUCUCUCUCUCGACUUCAUCUCCUUACAGGUUCUUUGGAAGCAGUGAAAAUUCAAGUAGAUAACCUUCAGAAUUUGCAGGAUGAAUUGGAAAAGAAGGACCAUAGCUUACAGAAGUUUGGUUCAGUGACCAAUCAGUUACUGAAAGAGUGUCACCCACCUGUUACAGAAGCACUCAACAACACUUUGAAAGAAAUGAACUUAAGGUGGAACAACCUUCUUGAAGAGAUUGCCGAGCAUCUGCACUCCAGUAAGGGACUGCUUCAGCUCUGGCAGAAGUACAAGAACUAUUACACACAGUGCUCUUCCACAGUUCAGCAGUACGAAGAUCGGACAAAUGAACUCCUCAAGGUCGCAGGCAACAAGGACAUUGCGGAUGAUGAAGUCACCACUUGGAUUCAGGAUAGCAAUGACUUGCUUAAAGGCAUGAAGACAGUGCAAGACUCUCUGCUUGUUCUGCAUGAACUGGGAGAGCAGCUGAAGCAACAGGUGGAGCCUUCUGCGGCGGCAGCUCUCCAGUCGGGCCAGCUCUCUCUAAUGCAGAACAUAUCUUCGUUAGAACAGGGUCUUGGCAGGCAGCAGUCUGUAUUACAGGCUGGCGUUCAAGAUUAUCAGACAUUUACUAAAAGCCUAGGAGAGCUGGAGGACUGGAUAGCACAAGCUGAAGAAGUACUGAAAGCACAAGACCCAAGUCAUUCGUCUGACCUGUCCACAAUCCAGAACAGGAUGGAGGAGCUUAAACGACAAAUGUUAAAGUUCAGCAGCAUGGCACCAGACUUGGAUCGUCUAAAUGAACUGGGAUAUAGACUACCCCUGAAUGAUAAAGAAAUCAAAAGGAUGCAAACUCUGAAUAGGCGUUGGUCCAUGAUCUCUUCACAAACUACAGAAAGAUUCAGUAAGCUACAGUCCUUCAUGCUUCAGCAGCAGACUUUUCUCGAAAAAUGUGAGUCUUGGAUGGAGUUCUUGGUUCAAACUGAGCAGAAACUGGCUGCAGAGAUUUCAGGAAACUACCAGCUUCUUUUAGAACAGCAGAGGGCACAUGAGCUAUUUCAAGCAGAAAUGUUUAGUCGCCAGCAAAUUUUGCAUUCCAUCAUCAUGGAUGGUCAGCACCUUCUUGAACAAGGACAAGUAGAUGACAGGGAUGAGUUUAACCUGAAACUGGCCCUGCUUAGUAAUCAGUGGCAGGGAGUGAUCCGUAGAGCCCAGCAGAGGAGAGGAAUUAUUGACAGUCAGAUUCGCCAAUGGCAGCGCUACAGAGAGAUGGCAGAAAAGCUGCGCAAGUGGUUGGUGGAAGUGUCUUGCCAGACAGCAAGUGGGCUGGGCAAGGUUCCUAUCCCAUUGCAACAAGCUAGAGCCCUGCUGGAUGAAAUGCAGCUUAAAGAGAAGGUUCUCCUUCGCCAACAAGGAAGCUACAUUUUAACAGUGGAAGGUGGGAAACAAUUGCUGCUCUCUGCCGAUGGUGAAACUGAAGCAUUCCUGCAGGCUGAGCUUUCAGAGAUUCAGGAGCGCUGGAAAUUAGCCAGUCUCAGACUCGAGGAACAGAAGAAACAGCUUACAUUCUUGUUAAAUGACUGGGAAAAAUGUGAAAAAGGCAUAUCAGAUUCCUUUGAAAAGCUAAAAUCAUUUAAGAAAAAGCUCUCCCAACCGUUGCCCGACCAUCAUGAUGAACUCCAUACAGAACAGAUCCGUUGCAAGGAGCUAGAGAGUACUGCUGAGGGCUGGACAGAUGAUCUUUCCCACCUGGCUUUGUUAAAGGAGACCCUGUCUACUUAUAUCAGUGCAGAUGAUAUCUCGGUUCUCAGUGAGCGCAUCGAUCUGCUGCACAGGCAGUGGGAAGAGUUGUGUCACCAGGUUUCUUUGCGGAGACAGCAGGUGAGUGAAAGGCUGAAUGAGUGGGCCGUCUUCAGUGAGAAAAACAAGGAGCUCUGUGAAUGGUUGACCCAAAUGGAGAGUAAAGUUUCCCAGAAUGGAGAUAUCCUCAUUGAAGAAAUGAUCGAGAAACUCAAAAAGGAUUACCAAGAUGAAAUUGCAGUUGCCCAGGAGAACAAAAUCCAGCUCCAGCAAAUGGGAGAGCGUCUUGCUAAAGCCAGCCAUGAAAGCAAAGCUUUGGAGAUUGAGUAUAAACUUGGCAAGGUCAAUGACAGGUGGCAGCAUCUUCUAGACCUCAUUGCAGCCAGGAUGAAGAAGUUGAAGGAGACCCUGGUGGCUGUCCAGCAGCUGGAUAAGAACAUGAGCAUCUUAAGAUCUUGGCUUGCCCAUAUUGAGUCAGAAUUGUCCAAACCCAUUGUCUAUGAAACCUGUGACUCCGAGGAGAUUCAAAGGAAGCUAAAUGAGCAGCAGGAGCUGCAGAGAGAUAUAGAGAAGCACAGCACUGGAGUUGCAUCUGUCCUCAACCUCUGUGAAGUUCUUCUCCAUGACUGUGAUGCUUGUGCCACUGAAACAGAAUGCGACUCCAUCCAGCAGGCCACACGGAACCUGGACCGAAGGUGGCGGAAUAUCUGUGCUAUGUCGAUGGAAAGGAGACUCAAAAUUGAAGAGACAUGGAGAUUGUGGCAAAAGUUCUUGGAUGAUUAUUCUCGCUUUGAAGAAUGGCUAAACAUUUCUGAAAGGACAGCUGCCUUCCCUAGUUCUUCUGGUGUGCUAUACACAGUCGCUAAGGAAGAACUAAAGAAAUUUGAGGCUUUUCAGCGACAAGUGCAUGAAAGUCUGACUCAGCUGGAGCUGAUUAACAAACAGUACCGCCGCUUGGCCAGAGAGAACCGCACAGAUUCGGCUGGCCGCCUCAAGCAGAUGGUACACGAAGGAAACCAGAGAUGGGACAACUUGCAAAAGCGUGUGACCUCCAUCCUCCGCAGGCUUAAACAUUUUAUUGGCCAGCGUGAAGAGUUUGAGACAGCACGUGACUGCAUUCUGGUCUGGCUAACAGAGAUGGACCUGCAGUUAACCAACAUUGAACACUUCUCGGAAUGUGACGUUCAGGCAAAAAUAAAGCAGCUUAAGGCCUUUCAGCAGGAGAUCUCGCUGAACAGCCACAAAAUCGAACAGAUCAUUGCCCAGGGUGAGCAGCUGAUAGAAAAAAGUGAACCUCUGGAUGCCGCUGUCAUUGAGGAAGAGCUUGAUGAGCUCCGAAGAUACUGCCAGGAGGUCUUUGGCCGCGUGGAACGGUAUCACAAAAAACUAAUCCGCCUCCCACUCACAGAUGAUGAACAUGACCUCUCUGAUCGCGAAGGAGAUCUAGAUGAAUCGGCGGAUCUUUCCGACAUACACUGGCACGACAAGUCUGCAGACGGUGUCCUCUCUCCACACCCUUCCUCCAACCUCUCACUGUCCCUUCCCCAGCCCCUGCGCAGUGAAAGGUCGGGACGAGACACACCUGCAAGUGUGGAUUCCAUCCCCUUGGAAUGGGAUCACGACUAUGAUCUGAGCCGUGACCUGGAGACAGCCGUUUCCAGAGCACUGCAUUCUGAAGAGGAGGAAGAGGAAGAAGCUGGGCCAGAAGACAAGGAAUUUUAUCUUAGAGGAGCAUCAAACCUAGCAGAUGUAGUGAUUCCUGAGAGCCCAGAAGCCUAUGUAAAACUUACAGAAAAUGCUCUUAGAAAUAUCUAUGGAGAACCAAGUUCCUUGGAAACACACAUUCGCCAGCUUGACAAGGCUUUAGACACCAGUCGUUUCCAGAUACAGCAAACGGAGAACAUUAUUCGCAGUAAAACCCCAACAGGGCCUGAACUGGAUUCCAGCUACAAAGGAUAUAUGAAGCUUCUGGGUGAGUGCAGUGGCAGUAUAGAUUCAGUGAGAAGGCUAGAGCGCAAACUCAAAGAAGAAGAGGAAAAACUAUCUGGAUUUAUUAACCUGAACAGCACAGAGACACAAACCGCUGGUGUAAUUGAUCGUUGGGAGUUAAUCCAAGCCCAGGCUUUAAGCAAAGAACUGAGGAUGAAGCAGAAUCUUCAGCAGUGGCAGCAAUUCAGUUCUGAUCUAAACAAUGUCUGGGUCUGGCUGGGAGAAACUGAAGGGGAGUUGGAGCAACUGUGCUGCCUUGAUCUCAGCACAGACAUACAAACCAUUGAGCUCCGGAUUAAAAAACUGAAAGAGUUACAGAAGGCAGUGGAUAACCGCAAGGCCAUCAUUCUGUCCAUCAACCUUUGCAGCUCAGAAUUCAUGCAGUCUGACAGUGAGGAAAGCAAGGACCUGCAGGAACGGCUGUCUCAGAUGAACAUGCGUUGGGACCAUGUCUGCACCAUGCUAGAUGAAUGGCGCUCCUCACUACAGAAUGCACUAAUGCAGUGUCAGGAUUUCCAUGAGAUGAGCCACGGUUUGCUGCUGUGGCUGGAAAACAUUGACCGGAGGAAAAAUGAGAUUGUCCCGAUUAAUCCGAAUCUGGAUUCUGAUACCCUACAGGAUCAUCACAGGCUGCUAAUGCAAAUCCGACGUGAGCUGCUAGAAUCUCAGCUGAAAGUGGCAUCUCUUCAAGACAUGUCUUGCCAACUGCUAGUCAAUGCUGAAGGCAAGGAUUGUCUGGAAGCCAAAGAGAAGGUCCAUGUCAUUGGAAACAGGCUCAAAAUGCUCCUAAAAGAGGUCACACAUCAUAUGAAGGAGCUAGAGAAAAUCCUAGAUAUUUCAAGCAGUCAGCUGGACCUGUCCUCCUGGUCAUCGGCUGAUGAGCUGGACACUUCAGGAUCCCUCAGCCCUGUAUCCGGCAGGAGUACUCCAAGCAGACAGAGAACGCCACGAGGCAAAUGUAAUGUCUCACAGCCUGGACCCUCUGUCAGCAGUCCACAUAGCAGGUGCACAAGAGGUGGCUCAGAUUCCUCCCCUUCUGAGGGUCAUCCAGGGCAGCGGCAGCGGCGGCAGCAUUGCUUCUUUCUCAGGGUCCUCAGAGCUGCUCUCCCACUUCAGCUCCUCUUGCUCUUCCUGAUUGGACUUGCCUGCCUGGUGCCGAUGACAGAGGAAGACUACAGCUGUGCUCUUUCCAAUAACUUUGCCCGCUCCUUUCACCCCAUGCUGAGAUACAUGAAUGGCCCGCCACCGUUGUGAGGCCUCUGGGAAGGUGAUGAAGAAGUGAGAGCCUCUUCAAAUGAAGGUGCACACAGUCUGGUCCAUCACUCACCUGUGACCUCUGCCAUUGGAUAAGUACACGUCCUGGGACUGUUAACCACAUGUCAAUAUCAAAAUGAGUCAUGCAUUAUCUGAUGGAUAUCAUUUAAAAGUCACAUGUCCGGCACUGAGAAGACAACGAAAUAAGAGAUUUUUUUUUUUUCCUCAGCCAGCAUUCUGGGGUUUUCAGUCACCUUUAUAUUUGAGAGCCUUGCCCAAUACUAUGCACAGCCAAGGACUUCAGCCUGAAGGAAGACAUAUCCUGUGUGCUACGCAUAUCAAUCUAUUAUUCCAUCUUUCCUUAUCUGCACAAGUGGUAUUUUACUAUAUAUCACUCAAACCAUGCUACAAUGAUUUUAGAGACUACUGUAAUAUAACAUUUGGAAGAGCUUGUAAGUUUAUUAUUUUCCCCAUUUUUUGUGGGAUUUUGGAUGGGGCACGGUAUUCUAAUCUUUGUUUUCAAUGAGCAAGCUGUAAAUCUGAAUGGCACUUUUUAUAGUUUAAAAAAUGGAUGUAAUAAAUGAGAUCCUGAAAGGCUUUAUGAAAAAAUCAUGAAUGUGCAGUAUUAAAAAGAAACAUAUUUAUGUAUGUACAGUUUGCUAAAACUAGUUUUGUUGUAUUGAUUUUUUUGUUAGAAAAAGACCAAGAACUCUUUUGUCUGUAUGCUUUGAAAACAUAUUUUGGAGCAAUAUAUAAACAAAACAUCAAGGCUAAA